GGAGCCCUUCUUACGAAAACGCUCGUUGUUCAUCCGCACGUGAGGGAAUACUUGCUGGUCUGAUUUCAAAUUCAAGGUGAUACAGAGGCGGAGACGUGUUUUGAUGCAAAUUAUCACCCCCCUCUCUGCUGCUGCUGCUGCUGUUGCCGCUGCUGCUGCCUCCGUGCCCGCGUACGUGAACGCGCUCCAUCGCUGUCAUCAGUAGCCUACAACAUCAGCAUCUUCCGGGGGGCGCGCAGAAGAGAAGCGGGAGGAGGAGGACGGAGAAAGAGAGAGAGGGGGAGAGAGGGAGAGGAGACAUAGGCUACUGGAUAAAGGCUACGAGAAAAAGCAUGAUGAUAAUGGAGUCGAGGCGGUGGAGGAUGUCGGAUUUACGAGAAAGGACUGUUGAAAUUUGACAGAGGGGCUCGUGUUGAAACCUUCUCUCGGUUUUUUUUUUUUUUUAUUUUCAUUUCGUUGUGUUUGAUUUCUACACGGUGCGUGGACACUGAAGGCGAGCAGAGGAAAGGGGAGCACCCCACGGAUGCCUCGGAAGGUAAAAACGGGGUCCACCGCUGGCGCUACAGGCAACACAACGCAUCUCAUCUCACGUUUGGUAAUAAAGGACAUCCUGAAGAAAGCUCUCCGCUGAUGGAUGAGGAUGAAAAACGGCUUUAACCCCCUCCAACCGACGACUGUGAAAUAAAGAAUAUCCUAUUUUGAUGGAUUUUUUUUAAUCAUUCAUGGUGUAGCCCCGAGGAAACGAGCCUUAGACAGCAAUGUUGAAUCACUGGUUUUGGUAAAUUAUUCAUUAGUGGUAUAGGUAGGCUAUGAUUUUGUAUUGCUUCAAUGUAGCAUUUCCCACCCCCAUUCAUUUUUAUAAUGUUUAGUCUUGUGAGAUCACAUAGGCUACAUAUUUGCAGCUUACAUUUUUAUCGUGUGGUUAUGUAGGCCCAUUUAAUAGCCUUUAACAGCCACAUAAGAAACAGCCAAAGCGGGGAGAAUAUUGGCGCAGGAAAGCUUUGACAUAGAGAAGGUAAAACAAAAAAUACAAGAUCUGGAUAGUGAGGGGUGUCCAGCUGUCUGGGAUUUUUUUUUUUAAGAUUUACAUUUUUUUCUUGAAAGAGUCUUAAGAAGAGGAGGACGGGGGUGGAAAGAGAGCUGUAAGAAGAAGAAAAAGAAGAAAAAAAACGACCAAACAUGUUGCCUUCCCAAGAAGCCUCCAAGAUUUACCAUGACAAUUAUAUGCGCAACUCCCGGGCCAUCGGGGUGCUGUGGGCCAUCUUCACCAUCUGCUUCGCCAUCGUCAACGUGGUGGUGUUCAUCCAGCCCUACUGGAUCGGCGACAGCGUCAACACGCCGCAGGCCGGCUACUUCGGCCUCUUCCACUACUGCGUGGGCACCGGGCCGUCGUCCAGCCGGGAGCUCACCUGCGUGGGCAGCUUCUCCGACUUCAGCUCCAUCCCAUCCGGAGCCUUCAAGGCGGCCUCGGUGUUCGUGCUGCUGUCCAUGGUGCUGAUCCUCAGCUGCAUCGCCUGCAUGGCGCUCUUCUUCUUCUGCAACACCUCCACCGUUUACAAGACCUGCGCCUGGAUGCAGCUGCUGUGUGGAGUGUGCCUGGUGCUUGGUUGCAUGAUCUUCCCUGACGGAUGGGACGCUGAGGUGAUCCGGGACAUGUGCGGGGAGCAGACAGGGAAAUACUCCCUGGGCGAUUGCUCUGUACGCUGGGCAUAUAUGCUGGCCAUCAUGGGCAUCUUGGACGCCCUCAUCCUCUCCUUCCUGGCCUUCGUCCUGGGCAACCGGCAGACGGAUUUCUAUCUUGAUGAUCUGCAGACAGACAGCAAAGAUUUUGCUGUGUCAAGGAUUGAGGUCCGGGACAGAAGAGAGCCACGGUACGGAGUGCAGCGUCUUCACUGAGGGUAUUGACAGCACGGGACAACUUCUCUUCUAUUCUCUUCUCUUUUUUUCCUCUUCUCUUCAUCCAUCUCGGGCUUUCCUCCCCUCUCUCCUCUCCUUCUACUCUCUUCUUCUCUUCUCUCCAAUGAUCAGGAUAUCACCCAAUCUCAAUGCAGACACCAAGUGUACAGGAUUCUGUAAGAUAAAAAAAAAAAAAAAAAAACACACUGGGAUAAACUAUAUUUUGGAAAAAAAAAAAUUAUAAAAGGUUGUACAGUGCAUUUAACACUCAACUUUCUCAAUGAAUACCUUUAUGAUGAAAAGAAAAAAAUUUACUCUAUUUAAAGUCUUGAUUUGUGUGAGAAAUUCAAUCCUUACGAUGAAGAACCAUAUUGUCCAUCUAUGAUUUUACGAAGAUUAAUUUCAAAUCUUGCUAUUUAAUGACUUUGAGUUUGUGUGUCGUGUACAUUCAUAGCUUCAGAAAGCAGAUUAUUGAUACUCCUCGUACAGUGAUAGAGUCAAGACUCGCAAUACAGCAGCAAGUCCAUUAUUAAACAUUCAAAACACUUCAACCGGGACUUGUAUGGCUCUUCAUCUAAGGACUUUCAAAUAUGAGGAAUUUAAAAGGAGUACCCCAUUGCAGCUUUACAGAACCUAACAUCUCUGGGAGAUUCUCUACUGUACAUACUGAACAAUGUAAAUAACAUUACUGCUGACGAAAACAGCCGACAACAAAACCUCAUCUGACUCUAAUGCAUUCGAGUAUAGUAUUUCUACCCUUGGUUUCAGUGUUCCUCGUGCUGGAAGAGCAUCGAAGUAUGUGCAAAUCCAUUGUGUUUAUAAUGACUCCUCACUACUGAUUUUUAGUGGGAAUAGACAGGAUGGGAAUAAAAAUGGAUAUCUCUGCCGGAUAUUCCACAGAAAAAGCAGAGCACCAUGAAUCAAAGUGAUUGUGUGCGAUCAAAGAAAAAAGUCGCUUCCCCUGCAUCAGCACAGCCUCAAAACAAGCCCCUUUACUGUAGUAUUUCACCCUGCAGUAUGUAGUACAAAUUAAAAUUGCUGAACCGAACUCGCAGCUGUCCAAGUCAGACUUAGAUGUCUAGGUUCUCUACUUUGUAAUACCCUUUUUCCAGUGUGCAGUUUACUCCAGUUUAUGGUUCCAGCAUACAGUGAUCAGUUUACUCUACAAAUGUCUUAAGACUGUGUGAAUAUGGCUGUAUGAGUCGGCCUUCUCUCAGAGGGAAGCCCCAAGUGCUGCAUUGUCUUAAGGUGAUGUCACUAAUAUGCCUCUUUGCUGCUUGCAGUAGUCAUAAGUGGGACAGAAUCAGAGCGAAUACCCCCUUAAAAUGAAGUUGAAAGUCCUUAAAGAGUCCUCAAAAUGUUGCCGCUUUAUUAGUCGUGAGAAGAUACUGUGACAUGGUGUCCUACCAUAUAAUUCUUGCAACCAUCUUAGAUACAUUUUAUAGAAAUACUGAGGCCAAGAGUCCAAGUCCUCCCAAAGCACCACCCACAACCCCACAGCAAAGUGGCCAAAUUCAGAUAUAUUGGGCCUCAUGCAAGAAGAUUUUAAAAUCUUACUUUUUUCUCUGUGAGGUUUGACAUGUGAUUGAUUCAGCAAACGUGCCGUAAAUCGCUCAUUUCAACCUGUUCGUGAAGAGAUGUGUGUAUUUCAUCAUUAGCAAAAUCAGUACCAUUUCCAGUGCUACAUAAGGCUGCCUGUUCCACUCAUUCACAAAAAAUGUUACCUAAGAGUAAAUAAUUAUUAUAAUAAUUAUAUGUACAGGUGCAGUGCCUGUUCAAAACGUGCCUGCCGGUAGCCUAAUGGGAGCAAUGAUGGCAUCACAGUUAAAGUGAUGGCAUUUAUCUGUGUUCAUUUUUUCAUCAUAUCAAGUAACUCGUAGAAAACUGAUGUUUGAAGCUUUCUCAAGAACCACUCAUCCAAAAAAAAAACUUCACAGUCGACACUGCACUUCCUGGGGUCCUCAGCAAUACACCUGCCAAGGUUGAAGUCGAUCAGAUGAGCAGUUGUCGAGAAAAAUCUAAAGAAAAUCAAAAAGAGAUUCCUCCAUUUAUAGUUAGUGUUCUUAUAUUAUUAUACCAUUAUGUAAAGGACCCAAAACAAAGCCGAUGUCGCAUCACCAGAGCAGAAAUGAAGGAGAAAUGGUUUGACCUAAAGUAAGUUGCUAAAAAAACAUCUUGCUAUUGCAAAGGGAUAGAAUAGAGAGAAUAUGAGAAAGAGAAUAUUAUGCUGUAGUUCAUGUUGCACUGUCGAACAGGAUAUGUUCCCCUGAACAGCGACCUGUGUAAAGAGGCAGCUGCAAGAUGAGCAACUGCUGAACUGUACAACUAUAAGUUGCCAUGCCAACAAUUAUGAAUAGAAUCACGAAUCCAAAAAAAGACCUAUGAACCUAUAUCCAUCCACACAAUAAACUGGCAAGUUAUGAUGUUAUAUUUUGAACUUUUAAUUGAUUUGGGCAACACAUUUAAACUUUAAAUUGCUUUUGAUUGAGAAAAACUGAUCUGAAGUAUCUGAUCAUAAUUGGUACUGGUGAAUUUUGUAUGUUGUACUUUCUAAAUGAAUUUGCAAUUGCAAAACAAAUAUUUUCAUAGUGUACUAAUGAUUCUUGCAUGAGGCCCCUAGAGACUAAUAAUCCUGGAAGCAGCCUAUAAAAUAAGAAAAGCAGAUGGCAUGAUCUCAGUUUCCUCAGCCGUAGCUACUAUCCUGGUUGUGGGCUCAGAUGUUAAAAAAGAAAAAGAAAAGAAAAAAAAAAGUAUUAUUUCUGUAGCUUUCAGACAUGCCACCAAAACCACCCAGAUUACUGUUGCCCCAACAACAAUGUACCUUGAUGUAGCACUUGAGACAAUGCCAGUGGUGUCAUUGGUUGUUAUGCCAUUAAUUAUUGCUGACACAUUGAAGACAAUGAUCAUUGCUACACCAGCAACAUAAAUUGUAAUUUGGCCUGACAAACCUGAUGUGUUGCUUUGAUGACUCAUGUCAUAACCAGGGAGAUACUGUAAAUUGUGUUUCCUCUUUUCAAUCACAUGAACAUGUUGCUGCCUUAAAGGAAAAAAUUGGCACCUGCGCCAUAAAUAUGAAAACAUACCUGCAAGAGCAUCUUUUCACUCGAGUUGACGCUGCUCGUAUGAGGCCUGUGACUCACCACUGUACCCAUGAGCACAGUUAUGACUUCUAUAGGCUGUAUAGCCACUUGAUAUGUCUGCAUCAAUGACACUGACUGUCAUGAUAUCAGUGACAUUGCUCUAGGUUUGAUUCGAGCAUGUGACGAGUUGCGGUUACACAGUGCGACAGAGCGAGCGGGCUGCUGUAAUUCAGAGCACCGUGGGGCUCUCCUCCCUCCCAGAGCAGCACUUCAGGCCAACAUACUGUAACUGAGCCUCCCUAAAGCACCAAACCUGGGUCGAGUCACCGCGGGAAUGAAAUUAGCUGUGUAAUAAAAGCACACGGUUAAUUGUUUCAUAUGAGAAAUUGGAAACGUUUUGCCCGUUUUGGGGGGAGAAGGCACGAUCUUACUGUAAAACCCUGAGAGGUAACUGAAUCCAUUUCACUGAGCAAUUCAGCCACACAAGGUGAUCUGCGUUCUGUGAGACAGCUGCACACAGCAUUGUAUUUAACAGGCUACAUCACGAGGAAAAUACAGUCCGGUGAGGGACUGGUUAUACUGUAUUACGUUUGACUGUAAUCCAUGUUAAACUCUGGUAGGGAUGCACUAUUAACAUGUUCAUCGGGGACAAGUCAAAGUAUUCAUCUCAAAAAUAAAUUUACAAAACUACACAGCAAGAAAUCAAGAAUUUGACUUUUCAUUUUACAAGUGAGGAAUGGGUUGAUAUAUUUUAAAAUACCUAAUUCCAGCCAGAUGUUGGCUCAGAAGGCUCCUGAAUGGGUUAUCGGUGCAUCCCUACGCUAUAUACAUACAAUGAGCAGAUAGCUAGAUGUGCAGUGUGUUUUUUAGAACGGUAGCUAGCUAACUCUCAGGAAGCUGUGUACACAGUACUGUAUAAAAGGCUCUUGAUGGAAAUGAUCAACAAACACACACUCAAGUGGGACGAUGCUCUUGUGAUGUGGUCAUCGCCAAAAUGAAGCUUCACUCCACGGCAUACCUUGUUAGCAGAGAGUCUUUGUUUUGGAUGAAAAAGCACUAUUACUACCACUGAUUUUCCAAGCUGGGCCUUUAAGACAAUAUGAAAACAGCCCUUAUGCUGAAUCUAAUGAUGCUGUCCAUGCAGGCUCUGCACAGACCUUGGCCUACAUCUAUCAACCGUCUUAGGGUAGGAGUGCUGGGCCCUCAUUCAAGAAAAGUUUCUUUCACUUUAACCUUGAAGUAAAUGUGCAAAGCAUUUGAAAAAGUAUGACAGAAACAACUCGAACAGAAAAUACAGACCUCAUCCAUUUGGUAUAGCAAGAAAUAUGUUUUUUGCCUUUGAUAUGUACAUGAUGAUUUGAGAAAAUCAGUGCAUUUGCUGAGACAUUAGCAUGGUGAUUUUUUUAUAUCUAAAGUUUGCAUAAAGCAGGCGCUAAUGUCUCUCAUGCGGUAUAUAUUGUGAUUUAGACAUCUCCUAUAGCGUGCAUCUCUCAUUUGGAAUUACUUUGACGGGCCCAGGACAGAUUUUAUGACAAAUCUACGAAAAGAAAAUAACAAAGGAAAAAAAAAGCCCUGAGGCCUAAGCGGUCAUGUCAGGCUUCCAACCAUCAUUACCUAUGUGAUCAUUGGUCUGGUCUCCUCUCCGGGCACUCUGUUCCUGAGGACUUGACGAUGAACUGAAAAAUACCUUAACAAGGAACUGACAAUACCUUAACCCCGAUGAGCACAUAUUUGUACCACUCCAGGUGCCUCUAAGAACUCUUGAUUUAAUUCAGACGUGGUGCAGAACCAGCAAAACAAGUAGUGACACUGUAGUUUUUUCUACUAAAGACUACAUACUCUGACUGAGCUCUGACGCUAGAUGGAUUUUACUGCAGGUCUGAGGUGAAUUCAGUUUCAACUCGAACAAAACUGAAACUAAAAUAAUUACGAAUAGUUUUCCCCGACUAUUUAACUUGAUUUGGGGAGACAUUUUUGAUAUUUACAGCUAAAAAAAAAAAACUGUUGACUUUCUUUUAUUUUCAGUUUGUCAUUGGACUCCAAAUCUGAAUUCACCUCAGUCUUGAACCAUCAAAAGAUAUGAAAAAGAAUGAAAAGCUUAUAAAAAAGGACACAGUCGAUGAGAAGUCAUUUCCGGUCUCUAGCAGCAAACAGGAUGUUUGUUGACUAUGUAAAUGUCAUUGAUAUGUCAAUGAUUUCAUCAUAGUUUUUAUCAUGCAAUAUCAUGUAUAAAGACAUAAUGUUGGGGUGGGAUGGGUAGGGGGCAAAGAUGAAUAAUGUCCAGUGACUUAUGUUAUGAUAAUAGUUGACUUUCUGUUAACUCCUGAAAUGCAGGUGUUGCCAAAAUACCAUUGACUAUCAUGUGUUGACAUGAAAAAAAAGAGAAAUAAUCAGUUUUUGUUUUGUAUAACAAAAGAAUGAUAUACUGAUAUUUGUCAAGUACUUCUGAUGAGAUCUUUGUUUUAUGUGUUAACUACAGAAUCUUUCCUUUCUGUUAUGGAUUACUUUCUAUGUAUUUUUGGUAUGAUGUAUGAUGAUUGUCGUUCUGUCACAUCAGACUUAACAUCUCAGAUUCAAUUUUGACUCACUAAUGGAUGACUGCUUGUUGAAAUAUCAACACCCAAAAAUGUAUGAGUCUAUUUAUAAAGUUGCUUGAUCAUGGACAAGUGGACAGAGUCUGAAAGAGGCUUGUUGCUUUUCAUGGAUUACGAUGACAUGCUGAUUUUGAUUUGAAAAUUAUAAUGUCUAAUUAAUUCCUAUUUGUGUAUAGUAUUCCAACUCACCAUGAUGACAAUUUCUGUUAUUGAAACACAUUUUGAGAGGGUCGAAUAAAGAUAUUUUACAUUCAAAAUCA